GAGUCUCUCCUCACAGGGCAUGGCUUUCCAGACCCUUCCUGCUCCAGCUCCUCCACAGCCUUCUUGAAGAGUGGAGCCCUGAACAGGACGCAGUAUUCCAGGACUUGGGUUGUGAAAGAAAAUUUAGGAGGUGCAGAGAUGCUGAUGUGUAUUUUCAAAUGGACAUUUGGAUGUACUGCAGAAUACAUACACUGACUGAACUAUUUGGCUUCAGUAAAAACCUGGAAAAAAUAUCAAGGAUGAGGUCCUGUGCCAAAUCAAUGCUUCCGGCUCAGUGGCUGUUCCUGGCAUAUGUGUUAAUGGUGUGCUGUAAAUUGUUGUCCGCAACCAGCCACCAUCCCCGGGGGCAUCCAGGCCACCACCAAGUGAAGCAAGGAACAUGCGAAGUGGUUGCGGUGCACCGGUGUUGCAACAAGAACAGGAUUGAAGAACGGUCACAAACAGUCAAGUGUUCUUGCUUCCCAGGGCAGGUUGCUGGCACAACGAGAUCCCAGCCCUCCUGCGUUGAAGCUGCCAUUGUCAUUCAGAAGUGGUGGUGUCAUAUGAACCCUUGUCUGGAAGGAGAAGAAUGUAAAGUACUUCCAGAUUACUCAGGUUGGUCCUGCAGCAGUGGAAACAAAGUCAAAACUACCAAGGUGACACGGUAGCAAAGCACCGACAUGUGCCAAAGUUGGGACAAUGGGAUUUCCAGCUACAUUGCACAACUGUUGUACAGAAACCUUUAUUUUAUGAGAAAAGCCUCAAAGGUGGAUGGUCAGCUUGUCAAAUAAGCUGACAAGAGUAAUACUUCUUUUAAUGAGGACUGCAUCGUUCAGCUCAAAACUUUUUUUUACAAAGAACUAUGUCCAUUUUAAGAGAAGAAUGAUGAAUUAUUUUCAUGCUCAAGAUGAACACUUGUUAAGAAACGAUGAAAAAGACAUCCAGAGUGCAUCAUCUACAGAACUUUGUUUAUGACAUUAUGAAUACUGAAAGUAUGAUUCAGAUAACCUGGAGAAAAAUAAGGCUAAGAAUCCAUAAUAAUUCAAAGGAAGGUGCUUCACCAUGGAGACAAUAGGAAGGACAACCAAAUUAUUGUUUGAAAUAUCUACUUCAAUAUAUUUUUACCUGGAAUUUACUGAGUAUCAAAAGAAAUAGGGAAGAAAAUCAUGAUGUUUAGUAAAUAAGUAGACUUUGCUCAGCUUCAUGUUUUGUUAUAGUCUGUAUAAUUAACUUUCUUUCCAUCUGUAUUGUGUUAAAACUAUAGUGAGGAUAUGUGUUCCAAAAGUAGAAAGAUUAUAACACACCCAAUACCUCCAUCAUUUGAGAAACAGUAGAAUCAACAUUUUUGUUGCUUCUUUGCUUCCAGAUAUGGAAAGGAAGUGGAAAUAUUUCUUGGGAAAUGUUAUUCAAGUCAAGGAAAUGUUUGCACUGAAGAAUAAAAAGACUCUUAAGUAAGAUUGUUAUCCUUCCACAAAUUGAUGGGGAUUUUAUCUAGCUAGAUUUAUUUCUUCUGUGAUCCCUGCUGGCAUGGUGGAAUGGUGAAGAACAAUGGGCUGAAGUGCCCUGUACUGUACUUCUGGAGAAUAGAAAGGAAAUGUGCUUGAACUGUACAUCCCACCUAUACCAUUAGGUGCUUAUUCAUAGUAGAAUUUGUGACCUUAAAUGCCAGUGGUACUAAAAUGACAUCCUAGGCAGGGGAUAAUGGUGGGUAAGAAACACCUUUGGUACACUCCCACCCGUCAUGUUGUCAUGUUCCUUGC